AUGAGCAGUAACUUUCCGUACAACGGCGUUCUCCCAUUUACAUACCAAGCAUAUGGGAUUCUCUUUGCAGAUUGGAUAAAUCUAUUAACACUCUGUCUUGCACCCCUCAUUGUUCAUAUCGUUGCCGGAGUUCCAUCGCCCGUCUAUCUCUCUAGCCCACGACCUCGUUGGCACGAGAGGCUCGGCCACUAUAAUCCUACUUCGAUACUAUGGCAUUACUUCUCAAUCAUCGAUCGACGAGCGCGAUCCCGUGCAUGGAAUUCUGCGGACAUGGCAGCUAGUAAUGCACACUUUUGGACGUCAAGUGGUUGGGAUGGCUCGGAAAAUAUGAUGCGGAAAAGUCGACGCUUUUGCACUCGCAUUCCUAGUUCUCCGCAUGCUGUUUGGGUUUCGAAAACCUCAGCUGAAACAGUAGCCACUGUAUUACAAGGGCUGCAAGCUGCUUGGCAAUUGGUUGGAGGCUUGAACGGAGGUGGCUAUUCUAAUACUAUCUCUUUGGGAUCAGUUUUUGCGCCGCUGGCUAUAUGCGGAUUGAUAAGAUUACCGGCGGCAGUCUGGAUAUCUGAUGACUACUCUUACGUGGAUGUAGAUAUUGAUGGUGAUAGUGACCCAGAACUCGAAAUUUGUGACGGGUACAGCCUGACAGACACUUUAAAACCUCGCAAAUCACCAACAUGUCGUACCCUUCUCAGCUUAGGACUUCUCGAACCAUUUGCAGUCCACUCACUUGACCUCCUCUCUCCUCGUAGCUGGCGCGGUAUAAUAGUACGGAUCCUCUUUCUCCUUCCACUACUUUCUCUCCUGGUCCUAGCGCUCCUCUAUCUAAUACCUUAUGAAACUUCAUCCGAUCCUUCAAAUACCUUCUUCACACUUACGCAAUUUCUCGUCGCCAUAUUUUUCACCAUCUUCCUCGUCUGUUCAAUCCCCAUCUAUACAUUCUAUUUCCUGACCAACAAUUCCACCACCACCAUCAUCCCAUGUAUUACAAGUCUCUGGUACAAGAUCUACACAGCCCUGUUAUUUGCCUGCAUUCUUGGCCUCGUCUGUAUCGCGGGCCUUGAAACUCGCGCCACUCCUUGUGGUCUCUAUACCACCACACCGCCUGGCUUUUUCGACAUGGUGGUUUGUGGAGGUUUGAGUGUUGCUCGGGAUGGGGCUGUGGAGGGGAUAGCUUCUGAUCUUCCGCUUGGAAUUGCGUGGUGGAAUGGGACGAGUGAGGAGAUGGGGAGUGGAGUGUUUUAUAUGCGGGAAUUUGAUGGGUGGUGUAAGAUUGGGAUGGAGGGUGAUGUGAUUGAAGCUUUCUUGCCUGCUAAUUUUUCGAGCUUUGAUGCGUGA